AGGGGCCGCUCCGUGUCUUUGGAGAGCUGAUCAGAUGGUGCCUGAUAAUAUUCCACAAUCACCUUUCAUCGCGACCCAGGACCUCUUAAUGGAUACCUAUGGACGUGUACUGCUAGUUUGCUACCUACUCCAUUUGCUAUGACAGCUGUGUUUGCCUGGGACUUUGCCUGAUAGUGCUUUGAGGAGGAGUAGUUUGAGAUGGUGGAUCCCAAGUGAAUCCGUCUGAACCACAAAGCGUCCAGCCAUGUCGGAAAGAAACCAGGAGCGUUGGGAGCAAUGUUGCAGAGCAACUGCAAAGAGAUUGCCGGUGCUAACCUGGCUUCCCAAGUAUUCUCUGCAAUGGCUACAGCUGGAUCUUAUGGCCGGGCUGACUGUGGGGAUGACAGUCGUGCCACAAGCUCUUGCUUAUGCUGUGGUGGCUGGUCUCCCCGUGCAGUAUGGCCUCUAUUCUUCCUUCAUGGGUUGUUUCAUCUACUGCUUUUUGGGGACCUCCAAAGAUGUAACACUUGGCCCAACAGCCAUCAUGUCCCUCUUGGUUUCUUCCUACGCAUUUCAUGAUCCCUCCUUGGCCAUUCUCCUCAGCUUUCUUUCAGGUUGCAUCCAGGUUGCUAUGGGACUCCUCCAUCUUGGUUUCAUUUUGGACUUUAUUUCGUAUCCUGUCAUUAAAGGGUUUACUUCAGCUGCUGCAGUCACCAUUGGCUUCAACCAAGUUAAGACACUUCUGGGUCUGCAGCAUAUUCCAAAGCAAUUCAUCCUACAAGUGUAUUAUACCUUUUACAGAAUAAGUGAGACAAGGGCUGGAGAUGCCAUCCUUGGGGUCUGCUGCCUAAUAGUCCUUAUGGUCCUGCAACAAAUGAAAAAAAGCAUCCCCAGGGCCCAUCUGAUGGAAACCUUACCUGUCAGAAUCAGUCGGUAUAUAAUUUGGACAACAGCUACAGCCCGUAAUGCUUUUGUGGUUCUCUCGGCUGGUCUUGUGGCCUAUUCUUUCCAAGUGACUGGCUCCCAGCCUUUCAGCCUGACAGGAACGAUUCCCCAGGGACUCCCUCUGUUCCAGCCACCACCGUUUUCCAUCAUCACACCCAAUCAGACUGUUGAUUUUAAGGAAAUGGUGGAGGCCAUUGGACCUGGCUUGGCGGUGGUGCCCCUCAUGGGACUGCUGGAGACAGUUGCUAUUGCCAAAGCGUUUGCCUCUCAUAAUAACUACCAGAUUGAUUCCAACCAGGAGCUGCUAGCCAUGGGGUUUACCAACCUGCUGGGAUCUUUUGUCUCAUCCUAUCCAGUCACAGGAAGUUUUGGCCGGACGGCAGUGAAUGCUCAGACUGGUGUAUGUACUCCUGCUGGAGGACUAAUCACAGGGGCCUUAGUACUCUUAUCCCUAGCGUACCUUACGUCUCUUUUUUACUACAUUCCCAAGGCAGCACUGGCAGCAGUCAUCAUCUGUGCUGUGGCUCCAAUGUUCGAUGCCAGGAUCUUUCGCACAUUAUGGCAGGUUAAAAGGCUAGAUCUGGUGCCUCUUUGUGUUACGUUCUUUGUUUGUUUCUGGGAAGUGCAAUAUGGCAUCAUAGCAGGGGUGACAGUUUCUGGAAUCCUCCUGCUCUACCCUCUCGCCAGGCCUCGGAUAAAGAUUGUGAGGGACAAGGCAAUAGUCGUAAAGCCCGAGAAUGGCCUUCAAUUCCCUGCAAUUGAUUUCCUCCGGGAUACUGUACACAAGCAAGCUCUAUCAGAGCCUCAGCAACGCAGUGUCAUCCUGGACUGCAGCCACAUCAACAACAUUGACUAUACUGUAGUAUUGGGUCUGUCGGAACUUCUGCAGGAAUUCCAGCUCCGGGAACUUUGCUUGAUCUUCAUUGGCUUGCAGGCUCAUGUGCUUGAAAUCUUCCAGGCUGCUGACUUGAAGGGUUUCCGUAAUUUUUCCACCCUAAAUGAUGCAGAAAGAAGUCUUGGAGAAUUGUACGUUGCCACUGAAGACAUGCUAAGUGACAACAGCAGCACACUGACUACAACUGGGAUCAUCCAGUGAAGGAAAUGAGCUCAAUAAAGCCUGUGUGUGUCCAAUAGGAGAACUUCAGACUGGAGGAUGAAGCUUUGGUUCCAUAGAAUGGUUUAAUAGACUCUUAGCAGAGUCUGCAGCCACUCUAUGAUUUAUGGGCAUAAAUACACAUCUCAGUCAGAAUUCAUGGGCACUUUGGAAUUUUUUAAAUAGGAAAAAUGAGGAACUUCAACUCAACAAAUAAAGAUUCAAAUAAAGAGUUAAAAAUCAUUUCAGGGAUCUAGGAAAAACUUGUGAAAUCAGUGUGGAUUAAACACUUCUAUGACUGUAGCUUAUCACAUGGGUGCUUUUAACAUUUCUGAAAUUAAUGAUAUUAUUAAUGGAACACUAUUCUUCAGAAUUGCACUGUCCAUGGCACGUGGUUUCCAGCUAUAUGCUGUAAUCUCUAAUAUUCAUUUCAGUAAAAACGGAAAUGUUAGAUGCCUUUCUUUUAUGAAGUUUUUAUUAAGCCAGGUUACCUGCCCAUGUACAGAUCGAUCUAGGUUAUCUGCUAUAUUUGAACCACUUUGCCACUUGCCAUCCCAUUUUUUUGUAUAGUCGCUAUAUCGACUUGUGGCAUUCUGAUGUGUCUUGGUUAUUUAUCUGGCUGCUCAGUUGUCAAAAACCUUCAUACACCAGCAAGGCAUUGAUUAGGUAUCAUUAAGUAAGUGUUGAUUCUUGGUAAUCCAUGCAGACAAACUUUAUCCAAGAUUUGCCUUCAACCUGGCCUUUUAUGUCUCCUAAUGGUGCAUUCAUUGCUGCUAUAAUCGAGUCCAUUCACCUUGCUGUUAUUUGUCCUUUUUUCCUUUGUUGUCAUUCCCCCCCCCCCAAGCAUCAUGAACUUUUCAAGGGAGCUGAUUCUUAGCAUAAAUCUAUCCAAAAUACUAUCAGUUGACUCUGAUCAUUUGUACAUUGAGUGAGAACCCUGGAUUAAUAUUUGUUUUCUUGACUAGCCAUCCAUGGUAUUCUUAGAAGUCCUUUUAAGCAUCAAAAGCAUAAAUGUUCUAUUUUGCUUUUUUAAAAUCCAACCUUCAUAUCCGUAGAGUAUCACAUGGAAACUCAAGACUUGUACAGUUCAGAUAUAGACAUAACAAGGCAUUUAAGCAUUUUUUCCAAGGCCUUAACUACCAUCCUAUUGGUAUGAGACUUAUUUCUUGACUGCUGGUUUGUUUACUGUUGAUAUUGUUAAAAGGCAGACACUAUCCACUAUUUCAGCACUGUCAGUCCUAAGAUAGGUUAUUGUAUCUGUUGUCAUUAGCUUUUCUUUAUAUUUAAUUAUCCCAAUUUUUCUUCACUGUGCUCGAUUUUCAUUACUAUAGCUUGCAGAUCACUUGUAUUUUUUUGCUAUCAGGAUAGUAUCACCAGCAUACCACAGAUCACUGAUGUUUGUUCCUCCAGCUUUAAAGCCAUCCUCAUCUAGCAGCCUGGCUUACCCCUAUAGAUAACAGAUAUAUAAUCAGCAUAUAGGUUGAAUAAAAAAGUAGUAUUAUCUCAAUUUGCUGAACUGGAACCAAUCUGGUUCAUAAUGUUUCACCUUGCCUAUGACUUCCUAAUCUGUUACAGAUUUAAUAUGAGGACAAUGAGGUGUUCUGAGAUUCCCUUUUCCUAAGGACAUUUCACAACUUAACAUGGUUAACAUACUCAAAGGCCUUUCUAGAGUCAAUGAAGCAUAUACUGACUUCUUUUUGCCUUUCUCAAUUAUCUAGUAUGCAUUGGCAAUAAUGUAUUGUGUGCCUUGUUUUUUCUAGUCAGUUUGAACAUCUGGCAUCUUUUUUUCCAUGUAGAGCUCCAAUUUGCUUUGAAUGAUCCUAAGAACUAUUUUAGUAGCAUUUAAUAUUGAGAAUAUUGUGCAAUAAUUUGCACACUUGGUUAAGUCUCCUUUCUUUGAUACUGAUAUGCAGAAUGAUCUCUUCCUAUCUAUUGUCCACUAUAGCAUGUUGAUUCAUUUAAUCUUGUUGUGCUGAACUAAUAGUAAGCCACAGGUGGAAAAGGUCAUUGCUCCCAUAAGCAAAGAAGUUGAGGGAGAGAAGACUACAUAAAAGUGUAGUUUGUGAAAAAAAAAUGAUACAAGUUUAUAGGAGAGACCAUAGUUACUUGCAGGUUGCACAAAAAAACGGGGGGAGUGGGGGUUGUGUUUCCAAAAUGGUGUUGGGAGCCACGGUGCCAUAUUGGAGCUUUCACGCAAACCUCACUCCAAUAAAUUUAAGUUUUUAAUUACAGCAACAAAUUAUCAUUGUUUUCUAAUAAUUUGUUUCUAUUCUUCAUUUUUCACAAAUAUUGCAAAACUAUUGGAGAAAUGAAAGUAAUUUGCUAUACCAGUUUCUAUUUCCCUUUUCAAUGUACAGGACUGUUUCUCAGCCAUGCUUCUUAUUGCAAUUUUUAAAAGUUGAUCUUUUGUUCAAUAAAAUGGUGCUUCUUUAUACCUCUGUGGCAGUCUAAAGGGAAAGUUACUGUGAGUGUUUUGGUUACUAUUUGACCAGAGUCCAUGCAUGUGAGAUCAGAUAUAAAUCUGAUCAGUAUGCUUACCAUGGAGGAAGUGGUAUCUCAACACAUAGGACCCAAAUAUCUAUUCCCCCAUACUCUAAAUUCAAAUUUAUUUAGGAGGGGAAAGACAUGUAUUGUCCCCAUUGUUAACAGCCAAGUCUUCAGCAACCUAUUGUAAAAAACAGUGAUACCUGUUUGCAGAUAUAAAUCUAAUAUGCAAAAGAAAAUAGUUGUAUUUCAUGUUCAGGAGCUUAUUUCUGUGAACAAAAUAUUUCUGUGAACAAAAAUGUAUGUUGA